AUGUCAUCAACUCUUGAUCCUUCGAGCCUUGCUUCACUUCCUGCCUCUUCUCUGCUCCCGAGUUCCUGCUCAAAGGCAUCUGUGACCCCGGCUACUCCGCUUAUUGAUCAAACACCGCCUCUGCCAUCCCUUCCCCCACUUCCACUAUUGCCACCAUUGCCUCCACUUUCGAUAUUGCCUCCACUGCCACCAUUAUCUCUAGAAUCUACCAGCUGUGUUGUUCCCCGGGACCUUUCAAGCCUUGGAGGAGGUAUUGUUUCUUCCGCUGAUGCCAAUGUUUGUGGACGGCCGCCUUUCGUGUGUGAAGUCUGUGGAAAGCAGUUUGCUUUGCGAAACGUGAUUAACCGACACCGCCGCGAGCUUCACUAUGGCGUUCCCACUAAACACUGUCCACAUUGUCCAAUGGGUUACUUCCGUCAAUCGCACCUUGAUAAACAUAUUGCAUCUAAGCACAAGCAGCUGCCGCUAGGCUCUGCUACUGGUUCGAAUAGUGUCAACUCCGGGAGCACCAGUGGUAAACAACGGCGCCAGCUUUUGCCUGCUCUCAUGGGUUCCAGGCGGUCUGCACCACUUAUUGCUAGCCGGCUUGCUUCUGACCAGACAUAA